CUGGCGCAUCUCGUUAGGGUUCACAACGAAACAAUCCGAUGUGGAGAUUUUACGCCGAGGUGAGAAGAUAUUUGGGAAAAAUGCAUCGACUCACGCUUUGAGGGAUGAAAGAUCAUUUUUGUCCUUAACCCUUUCUGCACCGACAUCUGAGAAACAAUCGAGCAGAAGAUGAUGCGCCAGGUGACGACCAGUGACUUCUGCAUGAGCAGCCGGCCGUCGUGUCUCGCCGAUGACGCCCACCACCCCCCCUCCCACUUUGACCUGUGCACCCAGGCCAACAAGUUCUACCCUCCUCCCCCUCCGUCGGCCCUUCAGAUGACACUGGCUCCCAUGGUCUUACCCGCCCAGAGCCACAAGUCCAUGGUGUGCCAGAGACAGGAAGUGCUCGGGGACUCGCCUGGGAAAGUAUCCUGCAUUAAGAGCACUGAUCCGGCACCAGAUGACGGCAAGAAGAAGAACAAGGCUGCCGGGAAGAGUGGCAGACGUGGGAGGCCCCUGGGAACCACCAAGCUAGCCGGGUACAGAACCAGCACAGGGCGACCCCUCGGCACUACCCGAGCGGCGGGGUUCAAGACCAGCCCGGGACGGCCGCUGGGGACCACCAGAGCGGCGGGGUACAAGGUCAGCCCGGGACGGCCUCCUGGCAGCAUCAAGGGCCUCUCUCGCCUCAACAAACUAGCCUACGGUAGCACCUGCAGCGGAGCGGCUUUCCCCUAUCCGCUAGUACACAAGGAAAUCCUCUGUGAACCUUCCUGCAAAGAGAAGACAGCUAAUGAGUAAAGGCUCGAUUCCCCUACGUCGGUUGAAUAAGAGACACAUGUGUACAGGUCUUCUUGCCAGAUUCUGGGGGAGAUUGCAACCUUUCCCAGUCUGCUGAGAGGAGUUUUUUAUUAUUAUUCGUGUUGGUGUCAUCUGUGUGCCUGCCACCUGAUAUAAUACUGUUAGUUUUUCAGUGCUACUGCUGGAGAUCUAUAGUGAGAAGGUUUCACUACACCUUGCUGUAUCGGUUUUCUUGGGAAAAAAGUCAAACCAGAUGUUUAUUAAGCAGGGGGCGACUGUAGUAAUAGGUCAGGACAAGUUCAAUAUUUAGCUUGCUUUAUGUAGCAUUCAAACACCAUUGAAUAAUUCGUAUUUUUUAUUACUGUAGUCAUUUUAAAAUCUUUUAUUAUAAAUAAAACAAAGUAGGCCCUCAUGAGAGGAUUGUGAGCCGCAGGUGUGUGAAACAUGUUGGGCCGCUUUAGGGCACAAAACAAGGACACAUUUUGCUACUGUAUGUUCAUCACACCAUAUUUGAUUUCCAUUUUAGCGGAUGUUGGGAAUUAACUCUUGUUCUUAAUUUGCAAACACAUGCAAAGCAAAAAGCGAGGAGAAAGAGGGACAAGUAGCAACAUGGAAGGUUUUUCAGAAAUGUGGUCUUUAAUUUCAAGAGCAAAAUGUGAUAUGUAUCUCCUGUUAUGUGUUACAUUUGUAAAAGGAGGAAUCUAUCAUCAAAGUAACAGUCGGGGGUCAGGUGCCUUGCUCAGUGGCAAGACAGAUGUGUCUAAACCUCCACGCUAAUUGCUACCAAACAUUGAAAUCAAAUUUAAAAAAUCUGUAAUUGAAUAAAAAAAACAGUCUUAUUUGAAUUGAAAUAAGGUUUAGUCAAAGGUUAAGUUAACAAAUGUAUCAACAGGCAUUCAUUUUGAACUUUUGUUAUCUGACAUUUCUUCAUUUUCGUUUCUACGGACAUAUUUAGUUUUAUUUUCCAAAACAAUUCCAUUUUGCCACAUUGCCAUUAUUUCUAAUACCUUGAUUUUGUGGUUACACAUGAUCAAAUCUCCAAGUUAAAACAUUUUUGCAACAGAAUGUUGACUAUCCAUCAAAACCCCUGUUUCCAUUAUUUAAGGGAUACAAACUUAGCUAACAUGCACAAUUUAAAUAAAAAAAAUAUCUAUAUAUAUAUUAGCUUUAAGGUCCCUUUCAUCCCAAGAAAAUCCGAAGAUUGAUAUUCAAAAUAUCUUAUCUGUAACAUGAAUGUGUUGCUGAAUGCACUGAUUAUUACUAAUAUGGUAGUGACAUUGUAGUUAUAACAUGUAUUUACUGAAACUAUGCUAAAAAAGAGCAUUUAUUUGAUGUAAUACGUGUGUGUUACCAACCCCAACUAAAGCCUCAAACAUAGUCUUGCUAGUACAGAAAGAAUACAAAGAUACAUUUUUAAUUUGCAUUUGAAUCAUGAUCAUGUAUGGUUUUAAUGCUGAAUCAUAAACAAAGGAGACCAUCACUGAUGAUCCUUUCUUCUGUGCUUUUACACUGUGAGCCGCCAGGUUUUAUUUAGUGGAGAAUCUGCAGACAGGUGGCGCUGUUAUUACAGUUAUUACAGAAGCAGAGGUAGGAAAAAUCACUUCCAUUACAUUCAUCAUCAUUUCAAGUUUUCAUUUUAACAAUGAGGAGGUCAAAUGGUGUCUUUUGUUUAAUCAUGUUGUCUAAGGUACAAUACCAAACUGUAGAUCUUAGACUGUUUGGGAAGCUGGUGUUUUAAUGAAAUGCUAAAAUGUUUAAUAAUUAAGGCUGACGACAGGAAUGAAAGAUGCAGUCGUUUCAUUGAUUACAUUUUUGUCAUUUCACAAGAUGCUUAAUGCACACUAAAUACAGAGUCAGUAAUAUUCAGAAAUGGCUGUUUAUGUGCAUCACCGUACACUGUCUUUUAUUAUAAAUGUAAAACUUUGCCCUGAUUACCACUCAGUUUUUGGUAUUGGUAUAAAGGCAUUUUAAAUCCUGAGAGUUUAGAAACAGUAAAGCUUCACUGAGUUGCUCCCUCAUGGUGAAAUAUAAAAUUGUUACAUUUGGUGCAAUAAUCUGUUGUAUGUGUGUAUUGUACUGUGGGAACUUUGAUACUAUCACUUUCUUAUUGUCGUUGUAUUUUUAUACUUGUGUACAAGGCCUUCUCUCACCUGUUUUCUUGAUGUGUGUAGUGUUACUGAAAUGUCACAUACAAACAUCCUUUUCACACUCCUUUACCAAAGAUUAUGACGUUACCUAGUAGACUUUUACUCUAUUUGAUUUAAAAAAUGUUCCGACAUCUCACAAAAUAACCUUAGCAUGUACGUUACUGUGUAAAAGGUCAAUGAAAAAGCACUUGGAGACCACUAUCUCUUUAAAGGGUAGUAUGAUUGUUUGAAUGAGGAAAAAUACUUUAAAUUGCAUUUAAAGGUGUCACAAAGCCAGUUUCUUAAAUGCAUUGUAAAUUGCUACACAUUGAUAAUGUAAACUUAGUUCCUCGCGACUUAUCGUAUUUAUAUAAUCUAUUCAGCUUUGGCAGUAGUUCUCUUUUAAUUAUAGUUCUUACGGAGUGACGUUGUAUUUGUUAAUGACGGAUUUUUGUUAGGUUUAUGUCUGACAUGACGCCUGUUUUACAUUCUUGAGUUUUAGUUUUUUUUAAAGUCUUUGUGUUAGAUUGUUUUUUUUUUGUUUUACUCAUUUUAUUUUCAAGGCUUUUUGAUGCCUAUGAUGAGAGGGAGGCUAAAGGGAUGCUGGCAGGAUGCACUGUUUUCUGAGCAGUCCCUUUUUCACAGAAGACGUCUUGGACUGUCACAUUAUAAAAUUCACUGUCACCAUGUCACUGAUUUCUGAGACACUUGAAUUAACUGUGAAUGAGCAACACAUCAUAUUUGUUUUCUUUACCAGGUCAAAUGUCUGCUUUGAAAAAGGACUUUAUCUGUCCUGCUCCAUGUUUAUGGGAGCCUCAGUUCCACGAGCUUCCGCAUGUUAAUGUUGCUUUUUAAAAGCUGACACGUUAUUGACUUUUAUAUUCAUAUUUAAGUCUAACUUAGGUAUUUCCCUUUGCACUUAAAAGCACCAAGUCUUUAAAUUAACAUAAACGUUUAUUUUGGGAACAUUCAACAGCGUUAGUUCCUAGGAGGUGUUGCUGGUGGAACAGGGGCUAGUUUCUCUACCACUAAUUUCUGUAAAUCCAUACAAUCUUUCAUCUGCAGAUCUUGGUCCUUUUUUUAAUGUUAAUUAAUAUUCCCAAAAAUGUCUUCGGCUUUUGGAGUUUAAUCUUAUUAGGAAGAUUGAUGAAAGAAAAUGUAUUGAGAUACAAAUAUUAAUAGUACAGAGACAUUGUUUGACAUGGUUAACAUUGGGUAACAAUUAAAGCAGGACUUUAACAUCUGAACAUCACAACACUUUUGUCUUAUUAUCGGAGAUAUUAGUUUUUCUGCACUGUUGCCAGAUUUUUUUUAAAGAGCCAAUACCUUCACAUGUUAACCGUGUAAUGACUGAUUUUGUCAGCAUGUAAAGAGUCACCUCAGAGCACCCUGUGUACGUCUGUUUCACUGAGUUUAAAUUAUUUGGGAAAAGUUGUAGGAACGUAUGUCAUGCAAAGUACUUUUUUCUUUCUUACCGACAUUUGAACUGAACUGACAUUUUGGAUAUGAACCUCUGAAUGAGGACAACACAAAAGGGAUAAGGAGGUUUAUGGAAGUUGGUUUACCUAAAGACUCAAUAAUAUGCCUAAUUUAUAGCAAUUCCUGUCAUUAAGCUGUAAAUUAAAUCAGUGCACAGAAAUUCAUACUUUAUGUUGUAUUUCUUUUCCCCGUGUGAUGUACUCUUCCCACCAUCUUCAGCAAUAAAGCAACACAUGGUAUGUUGUCUGUAGGUGAUGAUUUUCCAAACUUUAACUCACCUAUCGAGUGUUUUUGAGACAAUGUGAAGCCUGUAAAGCUUUCUAUAAUUCCUAUUUUAUUCCUGCAUGAUUGUUGUGGAAUGUUCAAAAGUUGUGUAAUAAAUCAGAAAAUAACACACUUUGAAA